AUCAUGUAGACGAUUGUAAAUCAUGUGAAGAUGGGACUCUUGGUAUUUGUGCGCAAUCUGCUGCUAGCCCUCUGCCUCUUUCUGGUACUGGGAUUUUUGUAUUAUUCUGCAUGGAAGCUGCACUUACUCCAGUGGGAAGACUCCAGAUCUUGCUCAUUACCCAACCUUGGCUCUGCCUCAGUCUCUCAGAGUGCUCGAGUUACAGAUUCAGUGGUUCUUUCCUUUGACUCCGCUGGACAAACCCUAGGCUCAGAGUAUGAUCGGUUGGGCUUCCUCCUGAAACUGGAUUCUAAACUGCCUGCUGAGUUAGCCACCAAGUACGCAAACUUUUCAGAGGGAGCUUGCAAGCCUGGCUACGCUUCAGCCCUGAUGACUGCCAUCUUCCCCCGGUUCUCCAAGCCAGCACCCAUGUUCCUGGACGACUCCUUUCGCAAAUGGGCUAGGAUCCGGGAGUUUGUGCCACCUUUUGGGAUCAAAGGUCAAGACAAUCUGAUCAAAGCCAUCUUGUCAGUCACCAAAGAGUACCAUCUGACCCCUGCCUUGGACAGCCUCCGCUGCCGCCGCUGCAUCAUCGUGGGCAAUGGAGGUGUCCUUGCCAACAAGUCUCUGGGGUCACGAAUUGACGAUUAUGACAUUGUGGUCAGACUGAACUCAGCGCCAGUGAAGGGCUUUGAGAAAGACGUGGGCAGCAAAACAACACUGCGCAUCACCUACCCAGAGGGCGCCAUGCAGAGGCCUGAGCAGUACGAGCGCGAUUCUCUCUUUGUCCUCGCUGGCUUCAAGUGGCAGGACUUCAAGUGGUUGAAGUACAUCGUCUACAAGGAGAGAGUGAGUGCAUCAGAUGGCUUCUGGAAAUCUGUGGCCACUCGAGUGCCCAAGGAGCCCCCUGAGAUCCGCAUCCUCAACCCGUAUUUCAUUCAGGAAGCCGCCUUCACCCUCAUCGGACUGCCUUUCAACAACGGCCUAAUGGGCCGGGGGAAUAUCCCGACCCUUGGCAGUGUGGCAGUGACCAUGGCACUGCAUGGCUGUGAUGAGGUGGCAGUUGCAGGCUUCGGCUACGACAUGAGCACGCCCAACGCACCCCUGCACUACUAUGAGACCGUACGCAUGGCAGCCAUCAAGGAGUCCUGGACACACAACAUCCAGCGAGAGAAAGAGUUUCUGCGCAAGCUGGUGAAGGCGCGUGUUAUCACUGACCUGAGCAGUGGCAUCUGAGUGGGCCCAGCAGUCGGCCACAGAGGCCCAGAUGCCACCACAGCAAGCAGCAGUCACCUGUGCGGGAGUCUUCAGACCCAGAGAAAGACAGUGCCAAGGGGCCCCAGAGGCAGCAAGGCCUUGGCAGGGCAGCCAGAGCAGUGCCUGGGUCCGUGAAGCCAGAGGGCCAGGAAGCCACAGGCUGUGCCCAGCAGGCCCAGCAUGCAGGAGGUGGGACAUUAGGCAGCAAGGAUGCUGCCAGAAUCAUUUCUCCAAUCAAUGUUUGGUGUAUUAUCAUUUUGUGAACUUGGGUGGGGGGAAGGGGGGAUAAUUUAUUUUUAAAUGAGGUUGGAGAUGUCAAGUUUGAUCCACUUGCCAUGCAGAAGGAGGCCCACUAGAGGGCCGAUCAGGCAAUGGUACCAGUAAGCUCCCUGGAGAAUGGGAGUGCCAUGACCAGCCUGUGUCCUACCCUGGGGCUACAGAGAGGUGGCAGCAUCUCAUUACAGCCUUUUCCAGCUCAUGGCACUCUUUGGCAUUAACUGGGGAGAAUAUCAGAUAUUCACAUUCACCAGCCCCCAGCUGUCCUGCCUGGAAGCCCUGAGGCUAUUCCUUGGAAGCCAGCAAGACAGCCCCUGGGCUAGAGCAGGGAGAACUUUAAAGCUCAGGAGGGGAGGCCUGGCCCAGCCUGACAGGAAGACCUCCCCUUUCCAGCUGUACUGACCUGUAGGACAGUUUCCUCACCUGGACUGACCAGCCUGUCAGAUGUUCUGGGUUCUGAAAUGGAACUGCCAGGUCUUUGGGUUUUGCCUUUAGCCUUGACCAGAGGAAAGUGAGGCCCAAGGCCUUGCCCAGGCUGUGGCAGCCACCCCAGGCAGCCCUCAUGGAAGCAAUAAAGCUCUUCCCUGAACCUGGCCUCCUUUUUGCUGACUUUUCUGGAAUGAAUAGGAACCUGGGGCUUCAGCAACUAUGCCAAACCCAAGAACCUUCUCUCCAGCCCACCACAUCCCUUUCACUUCUUCAGAAACCUCUGGGGUUUCCGAUGGCCCCCACAGCCCCAUAUCCACUUUGCCAUCAGAGAAAGAGACCAGCAGUAGCACCUGGCGAGGCACAGCAAGGCCCCAGACCUUUUCUGCUCCUGACCCUCUAGCAUGUCUUCUAGUCCCCACCUCCAGAAGACUGGAAGGCACACAGCUAGCUCCAGGUAUCUCCUAGGGAACUUUAGAAAAGGUAUUCCCAUACCGCCUCACCCCCUCAGCACCUUACAGUCAGAUCCCUCUCCCCUAAGAGAUCCUAUGAGAAUAGGCAGACUCAUACCUGUGUCUGUGUCCAUGGAGGGAGCGUGCUGCCAGACUGUCACUGUGACAGUGAACGGGAUGGCUGGGCACUCCACCAUUCCGAUCUACCCCACCCCAAGAGCGCGGGCAGCCCCAGGCCCUUGAGGACAGAAUCCUGGCCAUCCGAAGGAUCAUGACUUCCCACAUGCUCUCCUUACUGCUGUGGUCUGUCUUCAAGCAGAAGCCUCCUCCAUUGAGUAGAAGCAAGGCCCUGACUG